CAUAGCUCCAAAUUCCACCCACCCGGUCUGGACGCGACCGCUUCGCAUUGCUUCUCCCGCAGCCCAUGCUGCGAUGGCCGGGCGUGCCGGUGCCGUGGUGGGCGCUCACCGCCGACGCUCGCGUGCGCGGGGCCGUGGCUAUGACCGCACCGCGCGGCCUCCGGUCUACCUCUCGCAGCAGCGGUCGGCGGCGACCGGCGAGCGGUUCCAAGCGUUGGCGCCGGUGGCGGUAUGCGCGUUCCUGGAGGGCUACGGCUACGAGACCCGCUCCGACACGGACAUGUGGCUCCUGCGGCCGGGCGUCGCCACGGGCGUCUCGACGCCCACGCUGACCAUGGAGGUCGCCGGCCACGAGGAGCGUGGAGGUCAUACCUGGUAUCAGUUGAAGACCUCUCUGGAGUUCUCCGGAGCAGCGCGCGCGCCUUUGCGCUGGAGCAGCGAGCGACGGUUGUCCUCCUUGCGGGAGGAACUCCAUGAUCGUGUGAAGGAGGUCCUGGGGCAGAACUACACUGCUCACUUCCUGAAGACGCCAUUUGCACUGAAAGGCGGCUUGCCGGGCACCACCUCCAGAUUGAAUGCUUGGUUCGGAUCCUUGGGGAAGGUGGUGAACAAGGGCGAAGCUCCGCCCUCGCUGGUGGCGCUGCUGCUGCAGUUUCUGGAGGCGCCACAUCCACCGGAGGAGAUCCCGGAAGCGGACCAUGAGGACGAGGAGCAGGCCGAUGGACCGGCGAGCGAGCCUCCGGUCCUCGCCGCUCCGGCGGAGCAGGCCGAGGUUCCUCAGGGUGCGAAGCCAACAGAGGAGUCCGAAUUAGAAGAAAUUGAACUCAGCCUCAGCGAAUAGUUUCGCAGGAAAACAGAU